AUGUAUUGGCUUCGGGGAAUCAACACAUAUGGGUGUCUGGGUGUUAUUCUUGUCUUUGCAUUGAUGGUUUCGAGUGGAAAUGCUUUAAAUUGUUACCAAUGUAAUUCCAACGAUGAUCCAAAUUGCCUAGAUAAUAGCAAAUUGGAAGAAGCUAAAACUUGUGAAGGGGAUGGAGUUACUAAAUGUUUCGUUAGUAAUGAUGGCGGUGUUAUAACCCGUGGUUGCUUAAAAGCGGAUCAAGACUGUACUGGCGGCAAUUGCAUAUCAUGUGAUACGGAUAAUUGCAAUAAUCACAAUAUCUGUAAGAAAUGUACCACCGAUGAUGCCGAUUGCUCCCAGACCGAUGUCUCAGAUAAAAAAUACAAUGACAUUUGUCCAGCAGCGGAUACGCAAUGUUUUGUCAAUGUCAAGGAUAAGAAGGUUGAACGGCGUUGUGCCGCGGCAGAUGACAGCUGCAGCAGUGACACCAUCUGCAAGAAGACUACCGGCUCUCUAAGUAAUGCCGGAUUAUUUCCAAGCAAACGUAUCCAUUGUUAUCAGUGUGCCGUCAACGGAUGUUCCGAUGUCACGGCGAAUAGUGUUGCGUCCAAGCCGUGCCGAAAUUAUAUCGACAACGAUGUGUGCUAUAUGACAGCCGAAAGUGCCACAUCCGUUACUCGUGGCUGCAAGUCCGAUGACACAUCCAAGUGUAGCAGUGGAUCGGAACAAGGUUGUGUUACCUGCAGCACAGACAAUUGCAACAAUGCCCUCUAUGAAAGAGGCCAAGGAUUGUGA